AUGAAGAAACAGAGAGAAGAGAAUCAAGUCCACGAUAGGGAGAAUGUGCUAGGGAAGGAGAAGCAUCAUCCAGAACAAGCAGAUUUCCACGUCCACGUUCCGGUGGCAGCAAUCCCUUCCAGCAACUCACUAGUGGCUACCCAUGACUACUACAGGCCUCCUGAGACCCACCCUGGCCACUGGUGGGCCAGCUUCUUUUUUGGGAAGUCCACCUUCCCAUUCAUGACCACAGUGUUGGAGUCUCCUGAGCACCCGGCAGAAUCCCCCCAGGCCUCCAGAAACCCGAUCACCCGUGGCCUGGCUCCUGAAACCCUGAAGCAGCAGCCAGUCUUCCAUCCUGGCCAGGCCAACACGAGGGUCCUGUCCUGACCUUGCAGAACCACAGCAAACCCAACUUCAGUGGUGCUAGGCCAAAGCCCCACCCAUCCACCCCACCCUGUAAACU